UGUUUUUAUUCGAUUGUGUACUUGUAAAGAUUCAAGAAAAAAAGUGUUUCGGAAAAUAGAAUCGUCGGGGUGUGUUGUAAAAUAGAAAUUCUUAAAAUAAUUUAAAGAUUAAUAAAUAAAUAACAAAUAUAUUUGCCAAAAUAUAUAAACAAAUACAAGACUAUGCACUUUAAACCACUAUUGCCGGUAGAUGACGAUUCAUAAAAAAUGCCUAAAAAUAGAACUUUGAUCUAUUUGCUGUUGCUUUUAGCAAACAGUGUUUUGAUUAUUUGCGAAACAAAUUAUCCUCCCAUCUUCCGUCAAGUCAAUAAUAAUAUUGUACUUUCGGAAAAUACACCGGUCGGUUCGGUGGUCUAUCAAUUGGAAGGUUCUGAUCCUGAGGGUAGUAAUGUCACAUUCGGUUCUAUAGGUUCGGAACAUUUUGAAGUUGAUCCAAUAUCGGGUAAUAUUACGCUGAUCAAACCUUUGGAUCAUGAAGAAAGGGAUAGUUUAAAGUUUUUGAUUACUAUACGUGAUCAAGUAUCCGAAGAUGGUGAAUCAGAAUUGGAUAAUAUAGUUCAAGAGACUAUAACGAUUAUAGUAUCAGAUGAGAAUGACAAUCCGCCGGAAUUUCAAAAUACCCCCUAUGGAGCUGAUGUUAAUGAGGAUACUCCCAUUGGCACGGUUAUUUUCAAUUCCAUAUUGGUUAAAGAUCGUGAUAUUGUGGGAGAAAGUUUGGAUUUGAAAUGUAUACCACAAGAACAAUCGCCAGAUGCCUGUGAUAAAUUCCGUUUGGAUAUAUUGAAAAGAGAGCCCACAUUUUUAACAGCCAAUGUGGUUUUAAAUCAGCCUUUAAAUUACAAUCAACGUACAAUUUAUCAUUUCCUAAUAGAGGCUACAGAUGGGGUCCAUCAAACAAGAACAAAUUUCGAGGUACGUGUUAAAGAUGUUCAAGACAAGCCUCCUGUAUUCUUGGAAUACAAAUCGAAUGUUAUAGACGAGGAUAGUCCCAUUAACACUUUAGUUUUAAAAAUACAAGCCAGAGAUGGUGAUACUGGAGAGCCCAGGAAAAUUGUUUAUGAUCUAUUGACCAAUCCCAUGGACUAUUUUCUAUUGGAUGAACAUACGGGUGAAUUAAGAACCGCCAAACCAUUAGAUCGUGAAGCUUUACCAGAUGGUGCUGGUAUUAUGAAGCUGACCGUAAGAGCCCGUGAAGUUGUUAAUGGUGUGCCCAGCAAUGAUCCCAUGGAAAGUAGCACUGCUACUGUUACCAUCACUAUACGUGAUGUUAACGAUUCCCCACCAACUUUCAAUAGAAAAGAAUAUAAUGUUUCUCUGCCCGAAAAUACCGCCACUGGAACACCUUUAGCUUUAGAUAUGAAUGUAACCGAUCGUGAUGUGGGUAUUAAUUCAAAAUUUUCUUUGCGCCUGGAGGAUGUUUCUGAGGUUUUCGAGGUAGAACCACAAUUGGUGACCGGUUUCUCACAGGUACACAUACGUGUAGCCAAUGGCAGUUUGGAUUAUGAAAAUCCCAAUCAACGUAAAUUUAUUGUAUUGGUUAUAGCCGAGGAAACCGAUACAAAUCCCAAGUUAUCAUCUACGGCUACCAUAACAGUGUCAGUAUUGGAUGUUAAUGACAAUAAGCCCAUGUUUGAGCAAGAAUCCUAUUCAGCCUCUGUUUCGGAGUCAGCUUUGCCGGGACAAUAUAUUACUACUAUAACGGCCAAAGAUAUGGAUUCGGGUAAUUUUGGUGAUGCGGGUUUACGCUACAGUUUAUCAGGUAAUGGUGCCGAACUAUUUCAUGUAGAUGAAAAAACUGGUGUAGUUACUCUGGCCGAUUGUAGUAAGAUUAAAGAAACUACAAGUGAUAAUACAAGACGUAAACGUCAAUAUGAAGAUAUGACUAGUUAUUUGAUGAGUGCUCAAGGCGAUGAUGAGCAUAAUGAUGCUGAUUAUGAAUAUAGACUGUUAAAGAGUACUGAUGCCAUAGAUGUUAAUAAUGAAUUGAUGCCAGAACCAUCGGCAUCACCUAAAACUUGUUUGGAUUAUGAAACAGAAACUACCUAUUUCUUGUCCUAUAAGGCAACUGAUGAUGAGGGCAAAGGUACUAAUUCAGUGGUAUCUUUACGUAUUUCGGUAACAGAUGCCAAUGAUUCACCUCCUGUAUGUGAGAGUCCUUAUUAUAGAGCCUCGGUAGAUGAGGGUUCAAGAGUGUUUGAAGCUCCUUUAAUAGUGAAAGCUCGAGAUGCUGACACUGUUUCUGAUAUAACCUAUAGCAUUGUUGGUGACAAACUUAUCCAGGACACAUUUGCCAUAGACAAUCAAACUGGCCAAAUAACCAUAAGACCCAAUGCUACCCUCGAUGUUACCCAUUUGAAAAACGAUAAUCUAGUAUUUUCCGUGCAGGCCCAUGAUGGUCUCUUUUCUACCAAUUGCCAUAUUAAUAUUACAGUACGAGAUGUUAAUAAUCAUGAGCCCAAAUUCUUAGCUGACACUUAUUCUGCGGUAGUGGAGGAAAAUUCCGAAAUUGGCAGAAGUGUGGAAAAGCUAGAAGCUGAGGAUUUAGAUUCGGGCAUAAAUGCGGAGAUAAGAUACCGCAUACAGCAGGGUAGUUUUGAUGAUUUUCGCAUUGAUGAGACUACAGGCGAGGUGUUUGUUUCCCGUAAAUUGGAUUAUGACAACCGUAAUACUUAUCAGAUUGAAGUUAUUGCCAUGGAUUUGGGUACGCCAAGCUUAUCAGGCACAGCUACUUUGACUGUUAGUAUUGUGAACAGCAAUGACAAGGAUCCAUACUUUACACCAGCGACACAACAUGCGGAGGUACGUGAAGACACUCCCGUUGGCACAGUUUUCUAUACUCUAAUGGCCAUCGAUCCCGAUGUCUCCGCCAGAGAUGCUUUAGAUUUUGCUGCCGUUGGUAUUUCAGCCAUUGACAAGGAUGGCAAAGAGGUGGAAAAUAGUGAACAAUUUAAGGAAUAUUUUACCAUAACACGCAGCGGUAAAGUAGUGGUCAAUAAAAAACUCAAUCGUAAUCUAUUUGCGGUCAUACGCAUUAAUGUUUUGGUAACCGAUAGUACAGCACCCACAGUACAGCAAGGCAGUGGUUUAUUAAUUAUCCAAAUCAUAGAUGUCAAUGAGGUGGCACCGAAAUUCAGUUUGCCCUGGACCAUCGACAAUCCCGUGAUUAAGCUGCAAAUGGUAGAAGAACAACCCGUGGGCACAGUACUCACCACCUUACAGGCCUACGAUGAAGACUCCACCAUAGGCGAAUAUGAUAUCUCAGCCAACGAUUACUUUGAUAUUAACAAAACCACAGGAGUGGUUACCCUAACCAAACGCCUCGACUAUGAAACAAUUAAAGAAGUUAAGUUUGUGGCCACAGUUAGUGAUACCGGUGUUCCGUCGUUAACCUCCACAGCAGAUGUUUUAGUCGAUGUUAUUAAUCUCAACGAUAAUGAACCACAAUUUACACAAAGUGAAUAUUAUUUUAAUAUCACCGAAAAUUCUCCCGUUGGCACUGUGGCGGGGAAAGUCGAGGCUUUUGAUAAAGAUUUGGGUGCCUUUGGGGAGAUUACCUAUUCUUUGAUUGGGGAAAAUAAUAAAUAUUUUACCAUUGAUUCCUAUACGGGUAAUAUAAUGGUGGCCGAUUCUUCUAUAUUGGAUAGGGAAAAGGUAAAACAAAUUACCCUAACGGCAGUGGCUAAAGAUAAGGCUCCUCUAACGGUACAGAAAUCUACCACAGCAGCGAUCUAUCUCAAUGUUUUGGAUGUUAAUGACAAUGCUCCCGAGUUUACACAAAAUGAAUAUACCUCCGUAGUGGCGGAAAAUGCUGCUUUAAAUCCUCCUGCUGCUUUGUUGCAGGUCAAGGCUUUCGAUUUAGAUGAGGGCAUAUUUGGUGAUGUACGUUAUGUUAUAACGGCGGGCAAUGAUCAACAGCUUUUUAAAUUAGAUUCACAAACGGGUAUUAUUUAUCCAGCACGCAGUCUUAAUGGCCAGAAAGGAGUUUAUGAAUUGAUUAUAUCAGCCCGAGAUACUCAGGGCUCUGGUACCAUGGAAGCCUUUACUAAAGCUAUUAUUACAGUUAAAGGUGUUAAUCAACACAGGCCACAGUUUCUUAUACCAGCUUUAUCGAAUGCCACCAUUGAAAUACCUGGAGAUUCUGUAAAGAAAGAUUAUUUAGUUUUAACUGUUAAGGCGGCCGAUAACGAUACCGAUGAGAAUGGUCAAAUCUUUUAUCAUUUACAAGUCAAUGAUCAAAAUCUGCAGGAAACAGAAGAGUUUAAAAUUGAUCUCGAAACGGGAGAAUUAAGAACAAAUAAAGAACUGCAUCGCAAAGAGAAAUCAAACUUUGAUUUAAUACUAGUAGCUCGUGAUGCCGGUAAUCCCACACCUUUCGAAACUUUACGCUUCCUCACAGUCAGCAUUAUAGAUGCCAAUGAAAAUCGCCCAGAAUUCCCCGAUGCCAACAAUCCUUAUCGUAUACAAAUUGUCGAAAAUAAUGAACGUAAUGUUAAAAUCGGUAAAAUACAGGCCACUGCACGCAACAAACACAAUAAGGAUGUUUUCUACUACAUGCUGCUGGGUAAUGAAGAUGGUGCGUUUGUGGUGGACAAAACUACAGGAGAUAUUUUUACCAAUAAAUCGCUGGAUAGAGAAACAACGGAUUCGUAUACUUUAUACAUACUGGCCAGUAUUAAACGUGAUCUUCAUAUAUCGGAUGAAGAACGGGCUUCCUUUUCGAUUAAGACUUUAGAUCGUGAUAAUACAGUGGCCAAAGUUAUCAUAACGGUGUUGGAUGAAAAUGAUAAUGCACCUGUUUUUAUGAAUGACAUAUACUAUGCUGGAGUUAAUUCGAAGGCGGUAAUAGGUACAGAAAUUAUUUUGGUCAAUGCUACAGAUGCUGAUAUAGGCAAGAAUUCACAAAUUGAAUACAUGAUUACCUCAUCGAAUUUGUAUAAGUUUGGAGCGAAUAAGACUACGGGUUCCAUAGUGCCAAGUCCAUUUGCCAUUUCCAGUGAGGGAAGAAUUUCAACUGGCGCCUUUAUGGCCGAAUACAAUCAAGAUCGUUUUGAAUUAGAGGUGAUAGCCAAGGAGGUGGAGGCACCUCAACGUAUAGCUAGAGCCAAAGUUAUAGUUUGGAUCUACGACUAUAGCCAACUAGUGCGUGUCAUACUCUCACGACCCCGCGAAGAAGUUACCCAGCAACAAGAUGAAAUCAUAGCUGAACUGCGUAAUGCCACCCAACAUCGUAUUAUUGUGGAUGAGCUGCGCUAUCACGUUGACUCGAUGGGACGCAUACGUAUGGAUUGGUCUGAUCUAUUUUUCCAUGCUGUCGAACCUAAUACUAAACAAAUUUCACCCGUUGAUGAGAUACUCAAAGUUAUAGAUGCUAAUUAUGAUUAUUUAAGGGAUUAUUAUGCUGGUUUUGCUAUUGAAAAUGUUGUCCCUGCUUAUAUAACAAUUGUCCAAGAAGAAUUUGACUUAGCUGUAGCUGGUCUAGUGGCUUUAGUUAUUGUUCUAUUUGUGGGUGUAGUUAGUUUUAUUGUGCUCUGUUGUUGUCUAAAACAUUGGAAUCUCUCUGUGCCUACCGAAAAUAGACGUAAAGAAGCCUUAAUUAAGAAACAAAUCAUCGAAGAUUUAAAUACAACGGAAAAUCCUUUAUGGAUUGAACAAAAAUUAAAACUAUAUGAAGAACAGGAACUAACCAUGCAAGUAUUUUCCGAACCGGAUCACAUUUCCACCUCAGAUGUACCAGGACAUAUGGAUCAUUGUGGUUCCAUCGAGCAUGUGCAUCAAACUAUAGACAACACUUAUGCCACUAUACAACCCAGACAUGGUAAUCAUGGCGGUAAUGGCGUGGGUGUAAAUGUAGCGACUAACAAUGCUCAUAACAGUCAUCAUGGUCGUGGCAUGGAACCGCCGCCACCACAACAUAUAAGUGAUUUUGCCGAUUAUGCCACGCUGCGUAAUAAUCGGGUACCUUCAAUGUUUGAAUUUACCGGUUCAACAUUCCAGGCACCAAUUAGGGAUGGUGAUGAUGUUGUCACCGAAUUAAUUUAAGUAUUUUACACAAAAUUGUGAACAGAAAAAACUCGAAUCAUAUUUAAAGCAUAAAAAGUAAAAAGGCCUCUAAUAAGUUAUUUAUUACAUUAGGCAAGUAAUCAAAACAAAAUAAAUUUAUAAUUUUUGAUAGAUUUAUACUAUUUAUGGAGCAGCUAUUUUUUGAUAAACAAAAGGAAAAGAACAAGUAUUUUAAUUUGCUAGUAUUUUUACUAAACUUAUAUUAUAGAAAACAAAAUUAAUCAUAUAUUCCCAGGACAAUAAAAUAAAAAAAGGCAGCAAGUUAAGUAAAGAAAACUAAAACUAAGUACGAAAUUUGCUCAUAAAAGCAUUUAUAGGAAACGUAAACUAUUUUCGCUGAAAUAAAAACAAGAAUAUUUAAUGCUUUUUCUACACUUACACUACUCUAUCUGACUUUAUAUACAACAACAAUUUUGCAUAUUUACAACUUAGUAUAGUAAAACUAUUUUUAUAAACAUCUAUACGAAGUAAUAUAUACAAAAUAUAAUUUAAUUUAACUAGAAUUAUUAAACAGCUUAAAUAAAAUGAAACAAAAAUUUAUGAAAAUGUUGAUAUUUUUGGCCAACUGACUGAGUAAAAAAACUUUCUCUAAAUUAUAGCUCAAUUUGCUUUAAAACUAAUUGCUUGCACUCUUUUCUUUUAUUAUCAUUAUAAAAUUUACUUUAUUUUAGUUUUUAGUUUAUAAUUUUUGUAAUAAUAAACUCUCUUGUUUCUAGCAUUUUAAUUGUGUAGUUUUAAGUUUUUGUAGCCUUUCUUGCUUUAAAAUUUAUUUUUUGUAAUUUUUUUAUAUAAACAUUUAAAACAUAUUACUUUAUAAAUAUUAAUAAAUUAGUCCAUUAGUUUUUAAGUCGAAAAUAUAUACAUACAUAUAUUCUUUAAUUCUUUAUGCAUAAGUACAAAUUAUUAAGCUUCCAUUUAUAUUAAACAAAACUGAAAUAAUUGCGAACAAAAAGUUAUAUGUAACUACUACUACUACACACACAAAGAAAUGCAAUAAAAAUUAUAAAA